CUCUCGCAUGCUUUUCCCCUGCACCACGGAUCGCCUCUCGGAUGCCGCUUGCCUGGAAGCUGCGUUAGGAGCGAGCGGCGGCGGCGGCGGCGGCGGCGGCGGCGGCGGCAGCUCGGGAGUGCUAUGACCGGCAAACUCGCCGAGAAGCUGCCGGUGACCAUGAGCAGUUUGCUAAACCAACUGCCUGACAAUCUGUACCCCGAGGAGAUCCCCAGCGCGCUCAACCUCUUCUCCGGCAGCAGCGACUCGGUAGCCCAUUACAAUCAGAUGGCUACAGAGAAUGUGAUGGACAUCGGUCUGACUAACGAGAAGCCCAACCCGGAACUCUCUUAUUCCGGCUCCUUCCAGCCAGCCCCCGGCAACAAGACCGUGACCUACUUGGGAAAGUUCGCCUUCGACUCCCCUUCCAACUGGUGUCAGGACAACAUCAUUAGCCUCAUGAGCGCUGGCAUCUUGGGGGUGCCCCCGGCCUCAGGGGCACUCAGCACGCAGACCUCCACGGCCAGCAUGGUGCAGCCGCCGCAGGGCGACGUGGAGGCCAUGUAUCCGGCGCUGCCCCCCUAUUCUAACUGCAGUGAUCUCUACUCGGAGCCUGUGUCUUUCCACGACCCCCAGGGCAACCCCGGGCUCGCCUAUUCCCCCCAGGAUUACCAAUCGGCCAAGCCGGCCUUGGACAGCAAUCUCUUCCCCAUGAUUCCUGACUACAACCUAUAUCACCACCCCAACGACAUGGGCUCCAUUCCGGAGCACAAGCCCUUCCAGGGCAUGGACCCCAUCCGGGUCAACCCGCCCCCUAUUACCCCUCUGGAGACCAUCAAGGCAUUCAAAGACAAGCAGAUCCACCCGGGCUUUGGCAGCCUGCCCCAGCCGCCGCUCACGCUCAAGCCCAUCCGGCCCCGCAAGUAUCCCAACCGACCCAGCAAGACCCCGCUCCACGAGCGGCCCCACGCGUGCCCGGCGGAGGGCUGCGACCGCCGUUUCAGUCGCUCGGACGAGCUGACCCGGCACCUGCGCAUCCACACGGGCCACAAGCCCUUCCAGUGCCGGAUCUGCAUGCGGAGCUUCAGUCGCAGCGACCACCUAACCACUCACAUCCGCACGCAUACGGGCGAGAAGCCCUUUGCCUGCGAGUUCUGCGGGCGCAAGUUUGCGCGCAGCGACGAGCGCAAGCGCCACGCCAAGAUCCACCUCAAGCAAAAAGAGAAGAAGGCGGAGAAGGGGGGUGCGCCCUCUGCGUCCUCGGCGCCCCCCGUGUCCCUGGCCCCUGUGGUCACCACCUGCGCCUGAGGCUCGGGCCCCCAGAUCCCCACUUUUCCCCUGCAGUGUCUCCCAGCUGCUCGCCUGAAAGCAGCGGGAAAGCUAGCCACGGAGGCGCAGGGGCCGCGCCCUGGCCUCUCCAUGGACGUAAGGUCCCUUGUUCCCCUUCGAUGUCCCCCGUUUCCACCCUUUCACACCGGCCAACGGUCGGGGGCCAGGGCAGGAGGUGCCCUCCCUUCGCUGCCCCCCCUAACCAAGGCGUGGGGGCGGAAAGGUGGCGUCUAGCCCGCUUUGUUCAGUUCGGAUCGUCUUGAUCCAGGGGCCGCUGGGCCGCGCCAAGGACCUGCGGGGGACUGAAGGCGGGGCCCGCCCAAGCUUCGCCCGACCCAAGCACCUCACGGUUCCCCCCACGUCUCUCUCGGUUCCCCCUCGAAGACCCGAGAGGGGGAGGGGGUAAGGAGCGCACCAAAGCGCAGAGCUUGCUGCCCGCCGCACGCACGCGCGCCUGCGUGCGGGGAUGCGCGCGAGUGUGCGUGCUCGCGUGAGUGUUAUGUGUGUGGGUGUGUGGGUGUGUGUGCGCGCGCGCGCAC